CUAUUAGUUAAUCAUCUAUCCUACAGAUGGCCCUGGCAGUAAUCCUCUUUGCUCUCACCAUAAGCCAUUUCAAAGUGACCACUCAGAAAAAAAUCUGAUUCCUUUUUCAUGUGGAUCAGCAAACAUGCCAGGCAAGAGUACACGGGCGCGGCGCCGGAUCCUGACAGCGUCUCACUGAACGAUUAUUUUUGGCAAAAGAUUCUUUUCACGAUGGGCCGGGAAUGUAAUGUCAACAGGGCAGCGUGAACUAUUUUGAAGAGGGGAGCAACAAGUUACUGAUGCAGCUGUGAAACAGAUCAACAUCCAUAAUGAACCUCGCUGCGGCUGAAGGUCACUUGGCCACUCCGUCCAGUCCAGACCAGCGUUUACCACCCGUGGCUCGGACUCAUGCAGUCUCUGAAGUGACGCCGGCCAAGAAGAUAACCUUCUUUAAGAGUGGAGAUCCCCAGUUCGGUGGAGUGAAGAUGGCCAUCAACCGGCGCAGUUUCAAAAGUUUCAGCGCCCUCAUGGAUGAUCUUUCAAACCGAGUCCCUUUGCCCUUUGGGGUGCGGACGAUCACGACUCCUAGGGGAACUCAUAGCAUAAACAAACUAGAGCAACUCCAAGAUGGGGGGAGUUAUAUCUGUUCCGAUAAAAAAUAUGUGCAACCCAUGGCUGUACGGAAAAUGGGCACUCAGAGAGUCAGUCGCCCAGCGAGUGCCCGAAAGCAGAGUCAUCAUGAGGAACCAGAGGAGGAGUGCUCUUCAGCUCAUUUCCAACAGGUGCCGAAACUAAGGAAGAAAAUAGUCCUGGUGAAGAAUGGAGAUCCCACCAUUAGACAUUCCAUCAUCCUAAACCGCAGAAACACUCGCAAUUUCAGGACUUUCCUGGAGGAUGCUUCUGAUCUCUUGCAGUAUACUGUGCGAAAGCUGUACACUGUGGAUGGAAGGAGAUUGGAAAACAUCCAGGCGGUUCUCCAGUCUCCCAGCAUCCUCCUGUGUGUGGGACGGGAGCCCUUUAAGUCGCUGCAAACAGAAAAUAUGCAUAAAAGUAUUACGGAGAAGCUGCCGGGUCUCCGAUCUUAUCAAAGCAAUAACACUGAGGUCUUGGACAAUAAGAAAAAUGCAAAUUUUGGACUCAAAGCCAAAAAGAGUGUGAUCCACCCUCGCUCAGCAUCAAGCAACAAGACCAGGUUCUCCUUGUCCUCAGAAAAAUCUUAUCCCAAUGAUUUAAACAUGUCGCCGGAAAACAGCGGAUUCGGCUCAUAUCCAAAUACGUGUACACGUGAAAAAUCAGAGGAUACAGGGCAUUCUAUAGUGAACGAUGACAUUGAGAAAAGGGUUCACGUGAACAAAGAUGGCAGCCUUUCAGUGGAGAUGAAAGUCCGUUUUCGCCUGCUCAACGAAGAAACCCUGCAGUGGUCCACACAAAUAAAGAAGUCUAGCACAUUUGGCAAGUCAAAGGGCGAGCAGCUUUGCUUGCACAAUGAGAAUGGCAAAACAGAGGGCAUGAAUCCCGAAACCUUUUCAGAGACAGAUGACUCCUUCUAUCCAUGUGACGCCGACUCGUACAGCUCGAAACAUAACGAGGCAGAAUUAGAUGACAUGUACUGUGCCAACUGUGGCAUGCAGUGUCAAGAGUACGAUAUUUGGAAAAAUCCUAUGCAUGCCAACCAACAAGAGGACUACGUCAAGAGAUCCACAUGGCAAACACGGUCAUCUGCUUCAAGCACGUCCUCACACCACAAAUUAAUGUGCGGUAAAAAGACAUCUGUAGAUAGUCUCCAUACCAUGUCUUCUGAAGAGUACACAGAACAUAUUGUGCACAAAUCUACACAUUAUUCAGAAUCCAUUGAAAAUGGAGAAACAAUGGUUAGAUAUUCAACCGUUAGUCGAUGCACAAGUUGUAGCGGCCAGUCAGCUAUAGCAUCAAACGUAGACGCAGUUUCAGAUACUGGGCGGAAAAACACGGGUGACAGCCAGCACAAGUUAUGUUCCAGCUUAAAAAGUCAAACUUCCUUGCAAAGACAAUCCCCAAAUUGGGAAGAACAAAAUGACCUGAAAAGUCACAGUGGUAGCUUUGAAGAGCCUGUUGAAACAUCAUCUGCACCUUGUGUGGAUGGUGAGAACUGUAGUCAAAGAGCAAGUGUUGUUUCACAGUCAUCGCUAGGGUCUACAAAGAGCCAGAAGAGAAUGCUGAAGCAAAAUAGCACUAACCAAAAAAGCAUUGGGUCAAGUAUCAGCUAUAAUGAAGAGGAAGAAAAAGACCAACUAAGCACUACAGCAUCACUGAAGAACAACCAAGGCAUGUCGACAGAAAUGGGAGUCUCAGAAGACCUCUGUAGUAACAAAUGUACAGAACUAAAAAACAGCCCAAAUUAUAAUGAAUUGCCUGACGAUCACAACGAUGAUGAAAGUAUAUCAGCAAGUGGUCCUUUAGGAGCCAGUCACAGUGACUGUGAUAACUGUCUAACAGGAUCUCCUUCUCAUUCCAUAUCUCCUACUAAGGAGGAAACCAACAUUCAUAGUCAAAACGAUGAUCAGGGUGUAUCUAUCGCUCCUUGCUUGACUUCCAUUUCAAAGCAAAAUAGUGAAAGCCUUUUGCACAAGCAUGGAAGUAUAGAUACUUGUGAGAAUGAGAGAGUGCAGGAAAACUACUCUACCUCUAAAUCUAAAACAAAAUCCUAUACAGAAAAUCAAGGACAAAGCUUUCAAUCCAACAGUUCCCAUUCGUCAAUGUCAUCUGUAACUACAUCAGCCUUACCUUGUGCACAAGAAGAUCCAGAAAUCCCAAACCAUCAGGAAAAUUGCAAUGAACCCACUAAAACUCACCAUGCAGACAAAUCGAGAGAUUGUUCCACGCCUACUUCAGAAGAUGAUGGCCAGGAUAGACUUCCCAUUUCACUGUUAUCAAGCAAAUCCCAGUCAUUUAACUCUAAAUACAACUAUGUUAGCAGCCAGGAAUAUAAGGUUUUCAGUGUAAGUUCCAGAGUUUCAUCAAUAUCUGAAAAAAAGAGCAGACUUUCAGUUUCCCCUGAAAUGUGCGACCAGGACUCAUCCAAAGACAGUGCCAGAGAACCAUCACAAGAAGGUGUGGAACAAAAUGACCACAUUCAAGAUGCUGAGAGGUGUACCACACAAACAACUUCAGAGACUAAUUGUAUUUAUAGUCCUUCUCCGCCAAAAGGAAAACCAGCCAACAGACAUCCAAGGUCAGCACAGUUUAAAUAUUCCAAUACUAGUAUAGGCAGUGACCCAAUGAAAAUAGCCAAUGGUGAAAAUACAGACAGCUCAAGGUCAUCUACACCAGGUGUAAAGGGAAUGUUGGCAUCGAGGAUCAGUACAGAGACCUGCAAAAACACAAAAAAAGCUGUAACCGCACACAACAGCACGGAGGAAGUCCAAAAUAACAAAAAACGUAAAAACAGCUCCAGUUCUUCAAAGAGAAAACAGAAGGGAGAAUCUUUAGAUACAGACAAUAAAAUAAGUGGCGAUCUUAUUCCAUCUGCAUUACCAAAUGUGACCCCAGAGGAAGUGGUAAAUGAGUGGCUAAGGAAAAUUCCUUCACAAACAAUGGUCGUUGAAUAUGAAGUGGAUGAAUGCCAAAAAAAAGCAUGUAAAGAAGUAGAAAAUGAAACAUCAAAGACAAUCGUUGAUAAAGAAGAUGAUGUAGAGUUGAGUAAGGAUUCAAUAGCGGAGAUACAAAAUAACAGCCAAGUUACGGAGGAAAUUACCCAUGGUGUGUGCUACCUUAACAGCUCAGAUAACACUCCAGAUGCAAAUAUUUGUGACAAAAAUGAAAAUGAGGUGUUAAAUAACACAACAACAAAUAAUAAUAAUAAUGUGAAAAGUGGGGCCAUUACUACAAAGGCUGCCUGGGAUAAAAAUUCACUUCCAAACAGUAUUCAGACCUCGGUGCAAAUAAUGAAAGCAUUGUUAUGCCCCUCACAAGAAUCGAAGUUUGACCGGUCGAACAGUUUACCUGAACUAUCACAAACCAUGGGGAGAAAGCUCAGUAACUCAGCAAAAGUAUUGAUCUCAUGUCUCGCUAGUCUUAAGCUUCUAGACGAAGGUCCUGCUGACCCCACAAAGAACUCAAAUGACUUGAACAAAUCUAAGUACAUUGAAUUAUUGAACAUAUUUCAGGCGCUAUGGGCAGAGGGUCCAACUAGUAAGAGCAUAACAAGCAUAACCUCUGGAAAGAACUACAUCAGAGAAGACGAAUUAACUCCAGUUUCCUCCUCAGGAGUUGAUAUCAAUAGUGGUUUUGGAGGUUCUGGUGAUGGCAGUUUAACUGGUGGAGGUGACAGUGCAAUGAUAGCUGAAAAGUUGUCCACAGUAACCCAUGAAGUCAAAUGUGCUACCAGCAAUACACAAUACUGUGGACAAGAGCCAGUUGCUUCUGGAGAUCAAGAUAAAGGUCAUGGUCAACAAACUUCAACUGAAGUCCUUGAUGCUUGCUUGGAUGAGAUCAAAUCAUGUGUUAUGGAUGAAAAUAUGAAUGAGAAGAAGAUAGACAAUGGUGACAAUGACUUACAAAUGAAUAUAAAAAAAGAGUAUGGCGAUAAUGAUUCAGUGAAUAAUGUAAAUGAUGAGUGUAUAAAAACCCUAGACGAACCCAGGAUGUGUAGUCAUGAUACCAUGAACAUCCAUAACCACACUGAAAAUGUUCCCAUAUCCAGUAAGUCCAAUUUACAGGAGACAAACUACAUUAAUUCUCCUGGAAAGUGCCAGUCAGGCGCCAAUUCAACAUCUGAUUCAAAUGGGGAUAAAGAGCCAAUUAUUGAUAAACAAACAUACGAUGCUGACCCAGUUUGGGUAUUGAAACUGCUGAAAAAAAUUGAGAAAGAAUUUAUGACUCACUACGUGGAUGCAAUGAAUGAAUUUAAAGUCAGGUGGAAUUUAGAAGACAACGAGAACCUUGACGAAAUGAUUGCUGAACUUAAGAAUGAGGUGAGUCAAAGAAUCGAGAGAAGUAUUUCAAAUGAACUAAAGAGAAUAAAAAGUAGAUCAGGAACUAAGGUGCCGAGACCCCCAGAAAGUGCAAGGCGUAAGUCUUCUUUGCAAGCAGAGGAAAGACGAAGACACUUACAAACAAUGCAUAUGCGGUCAAUGCAAGGCGGAACAAAUUACAUUUCAUGUGAAACGGAUGAAGAAGACCUAACUUUUAGUGCUUCAUUUGGAGAUGAGAGCACUGGACAACCAAACGAUGAUUUCUGCCCAUGUGAAAAAUGUAUAAAAGAGAAAAGGGCCAUCAAAUUAGCAAAACCCCAGGCAGCCGUUGCUGAUGCUCCUAUCAUUAAAGCAUUUGACCUUCAACAGAUCUUAAAAAUGAAGAGGGACAAUAUUGACCCUCAAAAUAAUCAAAAUGAUGGAGCUGUCAUCCCUUCACUGGAGGACUGUGGCAGAGAGGUUGAACCCAGAAUGGGAAAUGACUGCUCUGCAGAGAGUGAAGAAGACCCCAGUGGGACUGGAGAUGACAUCUUGAAAAGAACAUCUGACAUUUCAAGAGAUGAUAAUGACCUUAAUUGUCAUGAGGACAGGUCAGUAGUGGAUGAAUGUGAAGUUUGUGCAUCAAAUGAUUUUCAGUGUAAUGCUACAAAUAAUGAAAAGGAAACAGAACCAUUGGAGAACAACCCUGAAGAGGAGGGCAAGUCUCCAGAAGGUUUAGAUGAAGAAGUGGAAAGUGUUAAAUCUGAUGAGGUGGAAGUGAAAGAAAUGAACAUGGAAUGUCCAAUAGAUGAUCAAACUACAACAGGGUGUGAAGAGGAAAAGUUAAAUGAGCAAGAAAAUAGUUCUGAAGAACUACUUGAAGGCACCGCCCAACAGUCAGCAGAUAAUCAUAAGGAAACCAAAGAGACAUCAGAAUCUGACAAUGAGCCAAACAAGACUGAUGUAGCUAAUGUUCCAACAGAUGAGUUUUUAGAAGAUGAGGAUUGCAAUGAAAACACCAGCAAUGUUGAGGGAGAUGUCCAAGAAAGAGACGCUGAUAAUUUAGAAACCAGUGGCUCAUACUUACAGAAGUAUUCUUUGUGCCAGGGCUCUCUAAUAACGCAGAAUGGCUAUGGCGAGGAUGCAGACAGAGGAUGCAAUGAAAUAAAUAAUAACGUAGGAAAAACAUCCCCUAAUGGACAGUCAAACAGUUCGGGUAGCAAACAGUCACAGAUGUAUCCAGCUAGUUCCUCUGAAGACGAGGAUGGGGAUACACCAUGUGCAAGUCCCGUCGGCAUAGGUAAAAAUGAAACUAUUGAUCAGGCACAUGUAAAUAGCAAUGGCAGCUUUGAGAAAGGUGACAAUAAAUCGAAGAAGGAUUUGGAUGAGGACAUUAUUGACCAAGAUGACUUGGACUUCUAAGAAGCAUUGGAGCUUUGCAUCUCUUCACUUAACUGUAACGCAGAAGUUGAAACAUUCUAAUUUGAGUAAUAUUGUUCAUAAAAAAACACAGAACCGUUACAUAUGGUGCAAUUUGUCUCCAUUAUUUCCAUGAAUACCCCUGCAGUCUGUUCUUAGUUGUCAGCAGGAUUUUAGACCUCAAGUUGGACCUUGUACCUUUGAAUUACUGGACCAGUGUUGGACACUUAUUUGUAAAAGGCCUCCCAGACCCCAAAUAGUAGGUUGAUCCGUGAUUGGCUGGUUAACUUAGCAACAGAGAUUCAUUGUCAAGUAUUUGUUCGCAACACAAGUUUCAUGAUUGUGUCAUUCCCAUUCUCUGAGUAGGAAACAGUAACUACACAGAUAACUAGCAUCCCCACAUUGAGGGAUCGGUUUGGAUAACUGUUAUACAGCUUUAUUUAUGUAUGAACAACUGAACGGAAACAUAGAAUGAUGAAGGCAGAUAAAGACCAAUGGAUCCACUUUUCCUGCCAGUUGUAUUUAUUUUUACUGCUUAUGUUGCUGUCCAAUGUAGUGUUAUAAGUGAGGGACAUACUGUAGGUGGGAAAUUUAUCAAACCUUCUGCAAGUGAAGAAGCUGCCAAUAGAAACCAAUCGGAUUCUAGCUAGUAUUUUAUAGAAUGUACUAGGCAGAUGAUAGGUAGAACCUGAGUGGCUGCAACUUCACCACUUGACCUCUUUAGGUUUGAUAUAUAUCCCACCUUCAUGCCAUCAACACGAGUUAAUGUACAGAUGUUCUGUCACUCACGGCAACCAAUUAUAACCAGCUGUUAUUUAAGAAAAAUAUGUUUUUUCAAAAUAUAAAAGAAAAUUUCUGAUUGGUUGAUAUGUAUAAAUGUGUCAGUAAAUAAUACCCUUUUUUUUCUCUGUAAAAUGUGAAUGUCCCCUGUACAGGGUGCAAAUUGAAAAUCAUAACUUUUAAAGGAAUGAUAACUUCACCAUGAAAGGCUGCAUUCAGGAUCCACUGUUCAGUGCAACCCCACACACUAGGAAUUUUCUAGUGCAGUGACUACCUAUGGGGUAGGGGGUGGGGGGGUUGGGGGAGGAGAUUUAUCAAGUAGUCUUGUAGAGAUAUAGGGGGUCAU